CAUCCAGGGUUAGCUGGAGAGGGAAUGCCCACUCCUUCCCAGGGCUCUGCUUAGUCUUUGCUUCCUUCCUUCUCUACUUCUGUCUUCUAGGAAUACUUCAUUUCUCCAUCAGUAACGGCCCAGGAGCAAGUCUGCCGUGUUCAGAAACUCCACCAUAUUCUUGAGAUACUAGUCAUCUGCAUGCUUUUCAUUAAACCUCAGCAUGAGCUGCUCUUUGCUCUAACACAAUCCUGCAUAAAAUAUUACAAACAAAAUCCUCUUGAUGAGCAACACAUUUUUCAGUUGCCGGUCACACCAGUUGCUAUAAAGAAUUUGUAUCAAAGUGAGAGGCCGCAGAAAUGGAGAGUGGAGCUCAGCAGUAGUCAGAAGACGGGGAAAACAGUGUGGCAGCUGAGCGACCGCUCUCCUGUGGACCACCCCACCUCCCAUGGGCCUG